AUGCAAGACAUUCGCUAAAUGAGAUAAAAGUAUGAAUCAAUAAAACAAUCAAAUCCAAACACUCCUAAGAAAUGUCUCACUCCUACUAUAUCCGCAUAAUAUGUCAAAACUAGUCCAGGAUUGCAGAUGACUCCUCCAUCGAAUCCAAGACUUAAAAAAAUAUGCAAUAAUUGUUUAAAUCGAUCACUUAUGAAAUAAAAGGAAUUCAGUGUUUAAUAACAACGAUAAGAGGAUUAAAAAUUGUACUAAUAAGUCAAAUAAUCCAUAGAUUAGGAAAAUUAAUAUAGAGACUAGUUGGCUGAAGAAAAAAGAAGGAAAUUCUUUACUUAUCAUAAAAUUAAUGGCGAGUUAAUCCAAUUGCAUUAAUAGAGAGUCAAAACUGAAUAAUAAAAUGAAUAAGUAGAAGUAGCUAACUUUUUCAAAAAGUUGGAGAAGGACGACAAUCUAAGAAAGAUAAAGCAAUUAGAAAAAAAGGAAUAAAUGCAAUAAUAUUAUUUGAGGGAUCUUAAAAAUUAAAUUUAAUUUAAGGAAGAAGAAAAAAGUUAGUAGAAAUUACAAAAUAACAAAUCUGACAUAAUAGAAUCUCAGUUUUGGACUCAAAUGGAGAAUGAACAAAUACAUAAUCAAUAAAUUAAAGCUUAAUAAUAACGACAGAUGAUAAACUAUUGGAAAUACACAUUAGGUGAAAAGCAGAAAUUGAAAUAAUAACAGGAAGAAAUGAACAAAAUAGAAUAAGAACAACUUAAGUAUAUACAGAAAAGCAAUGAAAAAAUGAUGAAGGCCUCUGAGUAAGCAAAAAAACAAUAGAUGGAAUAAUUCAAAUAAGAGAUUCAAUAUUAAGUUAAAAUUAAUGAGUAAAAAAGAAGAGACGAGGAAAACAAAAAACAACAGGAGUAUUAUAUUAUGAUUCAAUAAAAAUAACAAGAGGAGCAACGUGAAAAAUAGAAAUAAUUGGAUAAAUCUAUUGAGAGGUUAACUUUUAUAAAGGAUAUUGAGUAGUAGAUUAAUUUUAAAAAAGAGGAAAAGGAAAGAGAACUGAGUGAAAACGAAAAGAAAUUACUGAUUCAGGAAAAUCCUAUAAGUUUAGUCUGCUGUGAUGAAUGCAAACAUAAUUGUCCAUCAAAAGUUAUUACUAAUAUAUUAUAAUGA